UGGGGCCGUUGUAGAUCCGGUUUGAUCAGUGGAUGCUCCCGGAUUAAGUGGAAUUCGGGGUUUACUUCACAGUUUGGAGUGUGAUCACAGAUCAGAGGCAUUUAAAUGGAUGGUAAAGUGUAAAGCGAUCCAGGGAAAAGGAAUCUUAGAGAGCGAGAUUGAAACCCUGGAGGUGGAUCCUUGUUGGAGAUAUCCGAGCGGAAGCUUCGUUUGGAAGAGAAUUGCAGGGAUGUACACACUACUGUCUGGCCUGUGGAAGUACAUGUUCCAGAAGGAUGAAUAUUGUAUUCUGAUCUUGGGAUUGGACAAUGCAGGCAAAACUACCUUCUUGGAGCAGACAAAAACCAAGUUCAACCGAAACUACAAAGGAAUGAAUUUAUCAAAGAUCACUACUACAGUUGGCUUAAACAUUGGAACCAUUGAUGUUGGAUCAGCACGUCUAAUGUUCUGGGAUCUUGGAGGACAGGAAGAACUCCAAUCAUUAUGGGACAAGUAUUAUGCAGAAUCCCAUGGUGUAAUAUAUGUAAUUGAUUCAACUGAUGAAGAGAGAUUAUCUGAAUCAAAGAUAGCUUUUGAAAAAAUGAUCACUGCUGAAGUACUUGAAGGAGUUCCAUUGUUGGUAUUGGCUAACAAACAGGACAUUGAGACCUGCCUUUCAGUGGGAGACAUAAAAACAGCUUUUAGUGAUUGCGCUCCAAAAAUAGGGAAGAGAGAUUGUUUGGUGCAACCAUGCUCAGCACUUACUGGACAAGGUGUAAAUGAUGGAAUUGAAUGGAUGGUCAAGUGUGUGAUUAGGAACAUUCACAGACCACCAAGGCAAAAGGAUAUCACAUAAAGCAUUCCUUUCAAACCUCGGACUGAGCACUAAAUCUCCUGUUUUAUCAGAGAUGCUGAAUUGUAUUCAACUGGUUCAGUGGAUUUCAACUGGAUCAAUGGAUCACAGACUUUCUUGGAAACGUUCCACCUGAAAAUAGUCUCAAGCUCUCAUUCUCACUAAUUGUGAUAGAUUGUAGUCACAGUUUCUAUUGCAUAAAUCACUAUAAUGCUGCAAUAAUACUUUCCACUGCAUUUGAAUUUCCUUCUCUUUUUGUGCAUCUUCUUUAUCUUUUUUUUAGUGCACAUAUUCUGUCCAUUGAUAACUUCAUUGGAACAACUAAUUCUUGUUACAGUUUUAAAAAAGCUUUUCCCCCAUCCUCCAUCUUUUUUUCUAAAUGCUAAAGAAGAAGCUUCCUGAUGGCUCACUGUUUUUUUUAAUGAGCAGUUCAAAAGUGCAGACCAGAAAUGACCCAGGGUUGAUGUUGGAUUUGAUCAGUUAGCUAAAUCAUAGCUGGAGCAAUGAUAGCAUCACAAAAUCUGACCACAGCAUCCCUGGGUUAAUGAGGAAAAGUGGCCAGGAUGAUCUGACAUUUGAUUUCCUUAGAGCAAUCAUUUCUUUGAAGUGUGCAUGCAUCAAUGCAGUGUGAGGAUACAGUUGGGCAUGAUGUCCUCUACAAACAUCCUACCAAGGAUUAUUCAUGAAUAACAACCACUUAGCAAGAUACCAAAACACAUUUGACACCAUUCAAACAAUAUCUCAGCGAGCCGAUUGACAGGGAAGGAAGAAGAUUGGGAAAAAACAGGAGGAGAAGCAUUUUUUUUGGAUUUGGUUUUAGACUUAAGUUAGACCAGAGCUUGUUUUACUUAAGCUAGAAUGCAAGAUAAUAUCAUUUGUUACAGUUAGCAGUGGUUUUAAAUCCUACAUAUUUACUAAAAGGCUUCAACCAAGAACAAUGUUGACAUGAGAUAUUCAUUUAUUCAUAAAUGAUGACAAGAUUCUGUUCCAGGAAAUGUUUUUGAUUAUCAACUGAGUGACCCGAGGGGCAGUGCUACUCACCGCUCUAGGAAACUAUGGAGUUCUUUGUUGUAAGGUUGCAACAGAAUGGUGGUGAUGUUUACAAUGAGAGGUUGAGAAAAACUGAAAAUUUUAGUUUCCUUGGUGCCAUAUCCCGACAGUUUGUGAACCACUGAACCAGAUGGAAGUGGCCGAUGAUGCAGUGUGCACUUUUAUCUGGUAUGUCUCUUUGUUUUUGCUGACUUUGUAAAUGAUAAAUCUUGGAGAUAUAUAUUUUACAUCUGUGACUGUUCAAAUAAGUUUGGUUGCAACUGUUAAAUGUUUGCAAUAGGUUCCUGCAAAAGGCACUUUUUUUCCAGCGUUGAAUCAGAACAAAGAUUGAGGUUAAGUAUUUGAACAACAGUAAUACUUUACUGAGAUAUUUGUAAAAUGCAGAUUUGAUUUUGCUGUGCUAGUAUUCCUUCAUUUUGGAAGUAAUAAUCCAAAAAAUGGGAUGGCAGUUGGAAGCUAAUUUUGGCAGUCAAACAUUCUAUUUCCUUAUUUCAAAGAAAAAUGUAUUAAUACCAUAUUUUGAGUUGAAGAAGCUGUGAUUUAUGUUGUAAUGCAUUCCAUUUGAUAUAUAAAAAAAUAAAAAUGUUCCUUGUUUUAA